AGCAGUGAUAAGCAGGGAAGGAGGAGAUAGACUCCCUGUCUCUCUGUACCUUUGGAUCUCAAAUGCAUUUCACUUUUAAUGCAAAACCCAGCAAAACCAUCAAUCCCUCCCUCGAACAAGAGAUUGUUGAGGUGAAUAGGUAAUGCCAGAGGCUGAAGCAAUGGGCUGCCCGGGAACAUACAGCUGACCCUUGGUUUGUCAAAGAGGAUGCUGGAAGGGCUUCAGAGUUUUCUGGCUGUCCAUCUUCAUCUUCAUCAAGAUUGGAUGCUGAUGGAACAAUAGUCAUGCUGCAAGUGGACCAGAUCAGGCUACUCCUCUUAGCAUGCCCGAUAACCAAAAUCUGGUGCCAACACCUGACUCUCAGUAGUGGUUGCAACUGCGACACCACAUUGGGAACCAUAAAGAUUUUAUGUGUGCACAACAAAAUGUCCCGCAGAUUGAGCUUGAAGUUUCGGAAGCUGGUUUUCUUAAUGAAAGUCCCCAAAUUAGCAAGGAUCAUUGUUUUGAUGAAAGUUCUCAUUGUAUAAAAGAUCGUAUUCCUGAGGAUCCACAGAAGGUCUAUGCUGAAUGUGUGAAAAGUGAUCACAAUGUUAGAAAGGAAGAAUCCAAUGCAAUACUCAAUAGCAAUGCACAAAAAGCACCUAAGAAGCGUAUGGAGGAUUCCUGGUAUCUAGAUGAUCAUCUAAUGGGCUUAGAACAGAAUUGCUUAAUCUCGAAACAGCCUAAGACACCUUUUUCUGAGUUUGAACCUCAGUUAGUGCAAGCUGAGAAGACUGAGCCAUGGUGGCACAUAAUUGACAAAGAUGAAUUGGCUUCCAUGGUUACUCAGAAAUCAGUUGAUCGUGUUGAAAAUUGUGAUCUUCCACAACCACUAACCAAGGAUUUCAGGAAGGGGCAACUUCCUUCACAAGAGUCGUCCGGCUAUUGUGAAACUCUGCCCUCAUCUUUAGAUUGGACAAUUAAGAAAGGCUUCUCUGAUCUUAGCAACCAUCAUUGGGGAAGGUCCAUCUCAGUUAAUUGUAGAUCAAAACCAAUGCAUGUUAGGUGAUAUGCAACACUCAUUUUCAAAUUCAGAUAGUUUAUUAAGGUAUGGUUCUAUAUUAUUUCUUUAGAGGGCUUUUGUAGUUUUAUCAUCAUCACUGAUUCUGUAUUUCUGAAAUAGUUCCUAUAAGGAGUCUAUAUAUAUUUCAUGAAACUUUACAUUUUCUUUCACUUUAUGCUCUCAACACACUAGGCAAUUUGUGCUGAGGUGCCCCUAUGGCGCUUAAGUAGGUGUCAUGAUAAUUUGAGUGUGCAAGAGCAUAUGCUGAAGUUACAAGGAUCCACCAUGCAAAACGAUACACAUCUUAUGCUUGCAAAAACUGUAUGAGUCAGCUAUAAUUUUAAGUUUGAAACUUCAGGGAUGUUUAUUGGUUAUCUGUAACAUCAUCCUACAAAAGGAGCUGAAACCAAUGGAAUUCUAGACCUUUUCCUUUGGUAUUACUGAGAUAUAUAUGUCAUUCUCAGACAUGAGCAAGAGAAGCAGAGAAAGCAGGACAAAAGGCAUAUAAUGAGAAGGAGCACAUCAUCAGAGUCUUUUUCAGACAGGUUUCUCAACUUUUUUGCAUACCAGCAGUGGCUCUAACUGCUGCAGCUCAAGAAUUCUUCAUUCUAGCUUUGUUACAAGAACCAACCAGUUUCUACUCUUUUUCCAGCUGGAUUACAUUGGGUACCAUACAAAGGCAUGCAGACGAAGAAGGCUGACCACAAAGUUGUUGACCAAAAGCGGAGCUCAAUGAACUUUGGGGCCGGUAGAUCCACCACGGCAUUUUGGGUGGGACUGAGCCUUGCUGGAGCUGGAUUACUCCUUGGUUGAACCAUGGGGUGGUUGUAUCCUUAUAUCACCUUCCACAUUUUCUAUGUGGCGCAGAUUGGCAUCUGCUUGACUAGAAUUUGACAUUCGUCUUGGAACUGGAUUAGAGCAAGAGGAUGUGAGUCUCAAAUUGGUGGUGUUUAUCAAUAACUGUCAUAUUUGUAUAUAUGGAUUUACUCGUUUAGAGAUUCUGAAUUUGUGUGGAGAUUGUAAAUUAAUGUAUUCCAAUUUCCACCACGAUACUCACAUCAUACACCAAUAAUGUUAUUGGUGAACUAACAUAUAGGUAAAGUAUAGCAUUUUAAAAAGUUCUUUAAUUAUAUGAAAAAAUUUUAUUUUUUAUUAUACUUAAUUAAGUUCAUGUAUUUUUAUUGAUUGAACUUAAUAACAAAAUAAAAAUUUAUUUGAA